AUGAUAGUCCGCAAUGAUGAACAGGCCGACACGCUGGACUGUGAGGUCCUCGUGGUCGGCGCAGGUCCGUCUGGCCUGCUGACAACGCUUCUCCUUGCUCAGUCGGGCGUCCGUGUCAUCUUGGUCGAAGCAUUACCGGAUAUCGAUGACUCGCCUCGGGCAAUGGCGUACGGUCCUGCUGCUGUCGUCGAGCUCGAGCGAGCUGGCGUUGCCCAAGAUGCGCGAGCUGUCGGAAUGGAGCCUGGAGACUACAACUCUCCGAUCCGCUGGAUAACCAUUGACCAGAAAGAGAUCGGGCGAUUUGGGCCGGAGGACAAGAUUCCUGGGACUUUCGAUAAUGUUAUCUGUGGGCAGUAUCAGCUGGCGGAGAUUCUGAAGCGUCACGCGAGUCGAUAUGAGAACACGAAGAUUCUGUUCGACCACAAAAUCGAUGCGAUCGAUGAGGCAGAAGGUUCAGUUGUAGCCACGUUGUUAACUUCAUCUGGUGAGAGGAAGCUAUCGGCCAAGUACCUCGUCGGCUGUGAUGGCGGGAGAUCGACCGUUCGCAAGCUGUUGGGUCUGAGCUACGAUGGAUUCACGCUUCCACAAUGGCUCGUGGCGUGCAACGUAUCGGGGUAUCCUUUCCUGGAUCACGGCUUCACGCGAGGGCAGUUCAUUAUCCACCCCGAGCACUUCUGUUUGAUAGGGAAGAUCAAUCCUCAAGGUCUCUGGAGAGUCUCGUACAACGAAAAGGAGGACUUGACCAAGGAGGAAGUGCUGGCCAAUGUGCACAACAAAUUCGAAGCCAUGUUUCCUGGACCAAAGCCACUGUCAAAGGACAGCUAUAAGCUCGAAGCGGUUAGUCCGUAUCGCCUUCACCAGCGUACGGCGCCGUCAUACCGAAAGGGACGCUGUCUGCUGGCGGGCGAUGCAGCACAUGCCUGCUCGCCAUUUGGAGGCAUGGGUCUGACGACCGGAAUUUGCGACGCAGCUGGCGUCGCCGACUGUUUGGUCGGUGUGCUGCGGAAGGGCUGUCCAGACUCCCUCCUGGACAAGUAUGCCGAAAUUCGAAAAGACAAGUAUGAUAACGUAACACAUCCCGUGAGCUAUGGCAAUACAUGUCGAUUGAGAGAUACAGACCCGGAGAAGGCAGGAGAACUUGAAUUCUUCAAGAUAAUGAAUAGCUCGCGGGAGGCAAGACAGGAAAUGAUGAAGGGAGCUUAUGUCCUCGGCCAUGACUUCCGGCAGUACUGGCCAAAGGUUCCAGAGAUACAGCACAACAAGGAACCUUCUCUGGCACACAAAGCAGACCCAGCAAAUAGGCUAGUAGACGUUUGA